AUGACACAAUUCGACUGGUCAUGGCCCGAGGAAAUCCUCAACGGGCCGGCUUGUCCAUCACCAGACGGAAAUUACAACUUCGAUUUCCGACCGCCUCACAACGUCGCAGCUUAUGUUCUGAUCACCAUUUGCGCCGCCCUUACCGCAGUGGCGGCGUCGUUGCGCGCGUACUCGCGGCUCAGGGUCACUAAGAGAGUUUAUCUUGAAGACUAUCUAGCCCUGUUUUCUCUCGCGCCUUACAUUUGCUUCCUAUGGGCCCUCAUCUCGUACAUUCGAGGAGGUGGCCUAUACGUCCACCAGUGGAACAUCAGAGCUGGGAACAUGCUUGAUCUGGCUGUGUACUUAAUGUUCUUCUCCAUUAUUGAUCCUGUAUAUGUUAUUCCGGCCAAAGCAGCCAUCUUGUGGGAAUGGAAGCGUAUAUUCGUGCCACGGGGUACUCGAAACACCUUCUACUGGACGACUUGGUUCCUCAUAUCUCUCAACAGCCUGUUCUACUUUGUUGGAACAUUCUUCAUUAUUUUCGCCAACAACCCUGUGCAGAAGUCCUGGAAUGUCUUGUUGCCCGGCUCGACCCCUUUUAGCCGCAAAGACCUCGACGUCGUGGCGACAGGAAUCAAUCUCGCCGUAGACGUCACGAUAUUCAUGCUGCCGCAGCGCGUCAUCUGGACUCUGCAGAUGGCAAAAUCACGCAAGAUCGGUUUAUCCUUCAUGUUCUCCCUUGGGUUGCUGUCUUUAGCCUGCGCUUCCGGCCGUCUCUACGCGACUGCUAAAACGAUAUAUCCCUGGCCCACCAUCGGAGACACCUCGUACACCAUCUCAGAUCUAUGGCUGUGGUAUCUCGCCGAGAUCACUUCCGUCAACCUCGUCAUGAGCGCACCGUCCGUCCCUCGCGCCUUUGCCGAGCAUACAUUCCUCGGCAGGCUCCUCGCCUCCAUCAAAACCUGGAGUAGCGUGUGGUCAUCCAAGAGCCGCAGCGCAAUAUCCAAGACGUGGCCACGUACCAUUGGAAACCUGCCCAUCAACAACGGACACCGCCUCGGGGACGAAGAUACUCGGCCCAUGGGUCUGGCCGACCUCGAGCUCAUGCAAGCUGCGAAGAAAGGAGGCACGUUCACCACUACCACCGACUCCUCAAACCCGGCCACCAUAAUGAGAACAAUUGAAGUGGACCAAGAGCAGGAAUCAAUUUCCAGAUCGUCGGAUCCCAAUCGCCAACGCCAGCACCCGUGGAUGGAUGUGUGA